ACUCUCUACCUACAAAGUUUUGAAACUUCCAGGAAGUUUACCUGUCAAAUCGACUGAAAAUUUAUUAGACCCAAAAAGAUGCUGGGCUUGCUCAUCAACGCGCUUUCACUCAGUCAACUGAACGCGGACGAAAACGCGGAUAUCCCACUAUUUCUGGUGGGAAAAAGUGUCUCAGCGAUUCUCAGGCAGCCAUUCGAUCUCUGAAUCUUGCAUUAGCGAUCUAUUAACCUGCGAAUCACUUUUAUCUUUGCCUUUGAUUCUGUAAGCGUUUAGUAUGACUUCCACACAGUCAUCUGCUCAGUCCUCUCCAAAUGUUUCUGAGCUCAUCGACAAGAUUAUAAAUAGUAAACAGGGAGUGCUAGACGUGGAUCUUGAUGAAUUAAUCGCCAACAUCGACAGGUUUUUGGCCCUUUGUAAAGCUAAUCAGGGUUCAAGCUCGAAAAAUGAGAAGUCGUCCUCUGCAUCGGACGCCGCUAAAAUCUCAGAAGGCGUCUCAGAAACCGUCAACAUACUUGCCAAAGAGAUAUCAGAAUGCUCUGGGAAAGAACACUCCACAACUAUAUCAGUGUUAAGGGCAGCUGGAAAUGUUCACUGGGCUGGCCUCUGUCUGUUGCUGGUUGCUGCGGUUCUGAACAGGCUGGACACUAUUAAGAAAAACAAGAUGGAGUGUUUAGACCCGCUUUACCCUAUGAAUGAAUUGGCAAAAGUAGUCCGGAAACUCAGACAAAUUCCUCGCGCAAAAGAUGAGAUGCUCACCCAAAUAAACGACUCUAUCGCUUUGAUAGUGCAGGGAGCCAUCCUUUGUUGUUCGCAGAAGAAAACUAAAGGGGUUAAAAGGUUUUUCAAUGCUUCAAAAGACAGAGAUGAACUGAUAGCACUUCGCUCAAAAGUGGACGAGAUGUAUACAAGGCUUAAUACAAAUAUAGGCGUCCAAAGCUUAUAUAUUUUGGAGAACAGUCGCAUAUGCAACCAGCCACAUAUUCACUCUGUCGAACAUGCAGUUGGCAUACAACAACAGAUUGAAGAAGUUGUUAAACUCCUUCAAUGGGAAAAUGAUACGCCUUCUGUAGCAGUGGUUGUCCAUGGGAUUGGUGGAGCCGGCAAGUCAACAUUAGCAGAUGCAGUCUAUGAUUUCUUAAGAGACACACUCAAAGGUUGGAAAUAUUCUAAAAUUACUUUCCCCCAAUACUUGAAAGAAUAUCCCAAUGUAAAAGAAUUGCAGUCCUUUAUUCUGGAGGAUUUGAUUGGCGAGAAAGAAGAAGUAAGAGACUCGGAGAGUGGACGGCAGAGGUUGAAAGAGAUGAUGGAAAAAGAAUCCAUAUUUUUGUACAUCGAUAACGCCUUGUUCAGAGAACCUCUUCAAGAGCUUCUACCCAGACAGAUAACAAACCCAAAGAAACUGCGGUUGCUUUUAACCGCUAGGAAAACAAAUAUCUCAGACGUAAUGGAAGAUUGCAAGAUUAAAUAUGAAAUUUAUCCCAUAGAGCCUCUUCCUCUUGGCGCAGCCAUUCAAGUCUUACGCAGAAAAAUAUGUCCAGAAAGAGACACAAACUCCCCUUCAGCGGAAAGACCUGAGGUGGAGAUGAUAGCGCAGAAAUGCAGCAGCUGUCCUCUCUUUUUGGAAGUCGUGGGUGGCUUUCUCCGCCGAAGAAAGAAUGAAGAUGAAGCUUAUGAUCGAGUACUGGAGUGGAUGGAAAAUGGAGAGCCUUUCAGUGGGGAUAGGGAGGAUAGAUUCGAUGAACGAAGAAUUAUGUUUGCAUAUGAUCAGCUUGAAUCCAGUGCUCAAGAAGCUUUUCUUGACAUAUGCUCCUUCUUCUAUGGUUGGCACUGGGACUGGGACGAAGUUGCACGCAUUGUUGGUAAGGUAGAAAUGGAAUGCUUAGAAGAGGGAGGGCUGAUUAAGAGAAAAACAGAAAUAUCCCCCGAAGGUAGAAUAAUUACCAAGAUGUCUAUCCAUGAUCUUCUUCUGAGUGUUGGGCGUUAUAAAUCAAAAGACAACCGCUUCAAAACUCCCGAAGAGUUCACUAAAGCCAUGCAAAACGAUAAGCUUCUUCCUCAAAUAAAAGGAGUGUGGUUGACACAUUUUAAAUGGUCAUUUCAAGGGGUAUCGAGUGGCAGUCUACGUAUGGAGGAAUUUCGAGGUCCAAUUCAUGUACGUGCAGAGGUGCUAGACGCAAUGAGUGCGUCUCUGAGGGUAUUUGCUAUGGGAAAAUGGACUCUUGUGAAAGGAAAAUGCAGCAAAAGCUUUGAUGAGCUCAGAUUUGUUCAAGACGAUAGAGUGUCUAAUCUGCCAAUGGAUAUACCAAAGCUCUCUCGUUUAACUUACAUAGAGUGUAGUUUGGAGGACCACAUAAAGUUUAAUGAGCUGAAGGCAUGUUCUUUAUCUAAGACGAUUUGAU